AUGAAUUUUUUGCUGGCUGUCUUAAUAUUAUUAAAGACAGUUUACUUCAUCAACUGUUCAAAAUGUCGACACGAUUGUUAUAUAGAUAGAGACGACGAAAAGGUGUGUGGCUUCAAUUCUCGCCAUUUCAUAUAUAAAAUAUUUCCCAAUGAAUGUAUGAUGGCGUCUAUUUCGAAGUGUUUAAAACUUGAAUUUAUCAAAAAACCAAUAGCUGUUUGCUUGCUACACAAAAAUAUAACCGGAACCCGAAGAUUUUACAAGGAUCAAUCUUGUCCCGCUUUUUGUCCAGAAUAUUACCGACCUGUGUGCGGUGUGUCUAAAAUUAGAGACUACAAAUACAGAACAUUUAUUAAUGGGUGUUAUCUUGACAUGCUAAAUUGUCGCGGUGACGAAGAUUCGGGUUAUAUACAAGUUGAUUUGAAAUUCUGCCAGAAUCAUCUAAUGAAGAACAUUUUUAAAGAACAGAUGGUUAUAACGAAUCAAAAUAAUUUUAGAGAAAACUACUAA